AUGGACGCGCAAACAGCUUCCUUCUUCAAGCAACUGCGGGAUGAUAGUCCUCAGAAUUUUCGGUGCAUCGACUGUGGUGCGCCAAACCCUCAAUGGACAUCGGUCACGUAUGGCAUUUUCAUCUGCUUGAACUGCUCAGGCAUUCAUAGGAGCUUGGGCGUUCACAUCAGCUUCGUCCGUAGCACAACGAUGGAUGCGUGGAAUGAGAAGCAGAAGAAGAUGAUGAGUUUGGGCGGUAAUGCUCGCUGUAAGGCGUUCUUCGUUGAGCAGGGCAUUGCAGACCUGCCUAUCAAGGAGAAAUAUGCGACGAAGGCUGCCGCCUACUACCGCCAGCUGCUCAAAUCUGAAGUGGAAGGGACUGCGCCGCCUCCUGCCCUUCAAGACGGAGAGGGCAAGGAACCGGAAGCCGGCCUGGUCGCGCCCGGUCGAACGGCGAGCUUCGGAAGCCGAAGCGGCUCGGGCAUUCAUGCAGUGUCGCCGCCGACCUCCAAGUCUUUCGCGGAAACAAUGCGGCAAAUGGCGAACAGCAGAAGCGGCUCGACCGUUGGCCAGGGAGAGGGAGCCGGCGGGGGCAACAGCGACUUUCAGACUCGACGGGAUGAGAACAGUGAUGGCGUUCGGCGCUCUCAGUCAAGCUGGGCGACGGGGUACGUGGGAGAAGGCGGCGCGGGAAUGCUGGAUAGUCUCGGGUCGGGCUUCGUCAACUUCGUGAGUGGCGCAAAAGACUACACCAACAAGGCCAUCUCGACCAUGAGAGGGGAUAACGCUUCACGCGCCGCCGGAGCUCCGGGAGGAGAGGACGAAGCUCCCGCUGGGCCAGGGAUUCUAGAGAAAGCGAAGGACACGCUAACCAGCGGAGGAGAGUGGAUUGCCCAGAAGGGCAGAGACAUCGCAAGCGGUGUGGCGAGCGCAACAAGCGGGCCAUCUGGCAUCCCUCCGCCACCUGAGCUUUCUGCCGAGGGCGUCCCCCUGACACCAGGAGGCGAGGAGGAAGUGCUAAAAUCGGAGGGUUGCCGAGCAGAGGGUGGGAUGCUAGAAGGCAUUAACGCGGGUUUCCAGAACUUUGUUGCUGGCGCGAAGGAGUACACCGCCUCUGCCUACAGCGCUGUGGCCACCAGGGCUGAAGCGGAGACCAACGAGGGGGGCCUCUUCGAUCGGGCAAAGAGCACAUUCCAGUCGGUGUCCGCGAACGUCGCUGGCUGGCUGCCGAGCGGCGGAGGCGAGACGGAAGGAGCUGCGUCCAGCGGGCAAGAACCAUCGCUCUUCUCCUUCAACACUCUAAACAUCUUCCAGCACAAAGGUUCGGGGGAACUUCAUCGAGUGUCCUCCGCUGAUCAUGGCCUGCUCCAGGAGGAAGGCUAUGGUGCCACGGAGGAGACCACCGACCAGCAUCCCCCGUUUCCCAGCCUUGGCUCACAUGGCUCGCGGGAAGGAAGCAGCAUGGCAGCAGCCGCUUCCUUGAACGCAUCGUCAUGA